AUGGCCAUCCAAGUCUUCAUUGCACACACUGGCCUUGCACUGACCUUCGAUGAUCCCAACGCUCGCGUUGACCAUCUUCGCUCAUGGGUCGAGCAGACCACCCACAUCCCCGUCGGCCGCCAGAUUCUCAUGACCGCACGGGGCAAAAUCGUUAAGAAUCUCAACGAACCCGAAAUCUUUGUCUACGACAAGGAAUACCUCUCUCCCUCUUCCAAGCCUCCCUCCCGCCAGAAUGUUCAAAUCGAACCGCCCACAGAACCUCCUUCCUCCCUAGCCGAUGAGUCUAGCCUCGCCGCCUGGCAAGAUCUCUUCAAAGCCAGGCAAGACUGGUCCCUCCGAGCCUUUGAGGUAGCCCGGAAUGGCGUUGACAAUCUUGAGGUCUGUGCCGAUGAGGCAACUAUAAUAGCAAGAUCGAUGAAGGUGGCUUUGGACAACCUCCGCAAUCAUGUCACCAACCUGCAACAAAAGUUUGAAGAAACCAAACAAUGGGCAGAAGGCUAUAUUCAAGAGCACCGAAGUGUGCUAAAAGAGUGGCAAGGCAGUGCCAACCUGCUCGCCGAGCUACCUGUCCGAGAAGACGUUGCAAGGAUCUUGGGACGCACUGGCAACGUGGACAGUGGCCAAUUCACUGCUCCUGUGGGAACACUCGUUGACCUUGUCGACAAAGACGCCCUACACAAUGCCGCACUCAGUGUGGAAAAAUCGUCGGCAGAAUUUGAGGAAAACUUGAAAGCCCUCCAAGCGGACAUGGAAGCCUUGAAGACAGAUGCUGAAGAUGCAGACCACCACACCCCUCAAAUUCCAGACAUCGAUACAAAUGCACUCAUGGAUGAAACCGAGACUCUGGCAAACCGCAUUCAUUCUGACCUGGAAGACAUAUUGAAGUUGCCAAACAAUCAAAAAUCAAUAGUCGCUGCCUCUCGUAAGGCUGCAGUCCACACUCGAGAGCUGCUCCCUGCACUGCAAGGCGUAGUAGAGGAAAUCAUCCAGGCCUCCUCGUCGGCCUCUGAUGCCCGAGCCACCAUCUCAACUCAGUGGUAUUCUACACUACAAACCAUCUCCAAGCUCCAGUCUCGACUUGCCGAUGUUCAACCUCGAAUAUUCAGCCUUGACUUUCAGGACGUCGACAACUGGCAGGUGCUUAACAAGGUCUUUCAGCUGCCCCUUGUUUAUGGUGAUACCCUGAUCGAGGCAACACGCCGAUCUGAGUGGACUGAGCGCAUGCGACUGGAGGUCGACACCCUUCAUCAAGACCUGUCUCAUCAGACCGAAGAAGAGCAGAGGAGGCGUAAGAAAUGGGCAACGGCACACAGCGAGUUCUUGAGUGGUGAGCUGAACGCAAAGGAUGCUUUAAUCGACCUCAAGGCAUCGAGCCCUCGCAAUUCGUGGCCCUUUGUUAAUCGCGAUGAGAUCUUCGCCUGGAUCGACGACUUACGAGCGCUGGGCAUCAACGACGCUGUACAGGCAGUCACACAGCGUUUGAAAGACCUAGACACAACCCCCAAAACCCCCAAACCAAAGCCUUUCAAGAAUGGAAGCGUCCACGAUCUCAGCCAGAGCACAGCUUUUCGGAGCGGACCAGAGGCGCGGACCAUGCAAGACGAACGACUGCGGCUGGAGGAGAAACUCAGAGCUUCCGACAGUCGAGUGCGCAAGCUGGAAGAUCUGUUGCAUCGCCAAAGCCAACUCAGCCGCCCAGCCAGCGGUAUCUUUGUUCCUGGUAGUGCGGCCGACUUUGAAAGACACUCUCCUUCCCCGAGCCCCUUCAACAGACAGAGUGAUAUCUCUCGUAGAUCUUCCGUAUCCACAAGACGACUGUCAAGCACCCAGGAUGAGAAGACCCUUGUCCAGAAAAUCGUGGCCUUGGAAAGCCAAAUCCAAAAAUUGCAGGAGGAGACACAUGCUGAGCGAAGAUCCAGUACAGAGAGCAGAGACAAGAUGCAGGAGGCUGAAUCCGUCAAACGAGACUUGAUGGCCAACUUCGAAGCCCAGAAACAAGAAUUCGAUGAUGAAAGACAACUACUGGAUGACGAAGUUCAUAGACUCAGGGUCAAGUUGGAAGAAGCAGAAGACGAACUUGAUCGACUCACCGAAUCAAGAGACCACCUCCGCAACGAGCAGGAUCAAAAUAUCAAUAACUUGCGUAAUGAAAUCGAACAGCUCAAGAAGACUUCGGCCGAGGAGCAGGCUCAGCUGAAGCGUCGACUGGAGGAGGCCCAGAAAGAAACACAGGCUCAACGUGACAAAGUCAUACUGUCUGACCGUCAGCUGCAUCAAGUCAAAGAGGAGCGAGCGGCGGCGCAGAGCCAGAACGUGACCCUGGCCAAUCAAUUGAGAAGCAUGGAAGAUCGUCAGCAGGAAUAUCUCGCCAGCUUGCAAGCAGUACACUCCAACCUCUCACCCGCUGGAUCUGCUCCAGAAGACCUCCUUCGGCUGGUUCGCGCCCUCGAGAUUCUGUCAGAAGGCGCCGCCAUCCAUUCCCGAGGGCUCGACGAUCAUCUACAUCUUCUCACCGCCGAGAAUAAGACACUUGAGGAAAAGGUUCGACAUACGGAGGACCGAAUCAAGUCGUUGACCACUCAACUGACUUCUCUGGAGACCAAAGCUGCCGAAGCAAGGGAGGUUCUUGGACAGGAAAGGUCUAAAGCCUCUUCGCUACGCUCCGAGCUUGCUACUGAACGCUCGGAGAUGCGAAGUCUACGUGAGAAGUUCGCUGCUGGCGAGACAGGGUCUGAUGCCUUGCGCCAACAAUUACAAUCGGAGGAGGCCAAGGUGACUGAACUGAUGGAGGCCAAGGCUGAGAGAGAAAGCACCAUUGAGCAGUUGAAACACGAGAUUGAGACUCUUGCUGGGGAUGCACGCAAUUCUCUCGAACUGCAGGGCACGUUACAGGCACAUUUGAACAAACGCGGCGAAAAGGCUAAACAGUUGUCGGAGCGACUUUACCACCACCACGACCGCAUCAUUCGAAUGCUGGAGCAGUUUGGAUAUUCAGUCUCUCGCCAGGAUGAUGCACUGGUCAUUCAACGUGCAUCCAAAGUCAACGCAGCAAGUGCGCUUCUGAGUGGCGGUGAGGGCUCGUCCAGCAUGAAGAGAACAAUUUCAGGCUCUGGACCCCCACAGCAUUACUCUGACCCGUCAGACCUUGAUACUUUGUAUUGGAUGUCUGAUGCGGACGUUUCCAACGAGGACAACAAAUAUCAAGGCUUCGUCACCGCGUUGCAGCGUCUCGAUGUCGACACCACGAUCGACCUCAUCACCAAACGAUACAAAGACGUUGAGGCGCUGGCGAAGAAGUAUCAAAAGGAGUCCCGUGGCUAUCGCGAAAGAACUCACCGCCUUCAGGCUGAAGCACACGACAAAAUUGCCUAUCGAUCCUUCAAGGACGGAGACUUGGCGUUGUUCCUCCCGACACGUAACCAGGCGACGCGACCUUGGGCAGCAUUCAAUGUUGGUGCGCCUCACUAUUUCCUACGAGAACAGGAUGCACAUAAGCUCCGAGCCCGGGACUGGCUAUUGGCCCGAAUCACCAAAGUGGAAGAACGAACUGUUGAUUUGUCUCGCUCAAUGCGUAGCACUUCAGCCGUGGCAGAAGCCAGCGAUGCAGGAUCUCUGCGGUCGCUGGAUGAUGAGAACCCAUUUGAGCUGUCGGAUGGCCUGAGAUGGUACAUGAUUGACGCAUCGGAAGAGAAACUUGGAGCUCCCGGCACCCCAUCCGUCGGCAAAUCUACUGUGACGGCCUCGAACGUCGACGUCAAAGGUCACAUGGGUCGAAAAGAGCAACCACGAGGAAGCAGUGGCGGACACCCAAAUACAACAUUGGUCACGAAAACUCUGACUAAAAGUUUGGAUUCCCGCCGGUCAAGUUCGGGAAGUAAGAAGAGCGUCGAUCUUACGGCUAACCGAAAACGCGACAACAGUGGUCUCAAAGACAUGGCUGCACCACUUGCACCGAUCAUCAGUGAUACAGAUGCUGAACGUGACCCUCCAACCCGGCGGAACAACAGCAUCAGUAGGCUCGAGGGCAAUCUUGCAGCAGAAGAUGGAAGUUCACCAGCAGAACCGUCCAUGCCAUCUGCAUCACCGAGCUUUGUCCGGCAGCCCAGCGAGAGAGCGCAGACUGACCGGGAGAAUGCUCAGAUAUUCGAAGUGGUGAGGCGCGACCUGUUGCUCGGCCCGUAA